GAUACAAAAUCCAACGGCAAAGAAAGAGCCGUGUAGGAUAACAUAGGAGGGGAUGGAGAGUAGGUAUAACGCAUCUUGGUGGAGCGUGGAGAUGAAAAUGUGUUUGGCUUCCCGGAAAGAAGCACAGCGAAAACAAAAUGAGCAAAUAUGCUCACGCUGGUUGAUGGUGGGACUGGGAAAUGUUGGUUGAAACUUGGAACUUGGAACUUUUUUCUAGUGACGGUGUUGGUUAAUUGGUUUAGCUGUCUUUUCAUUUAUUUAUUUUUUUAAAAUUUAAUUCUUCCACGCUUUUUCUCUCGCUUUUUGGUAGUCUGGGCCUUUUUUCUUUUUUUCUCCCACAAUUUUCGAAGCUACCACUUGUAAAUUUAUCACCUUUGCUUUUUUCUGGUAAUGGGUUUCACAAAUUUGAAGCUUUUGUUUUUUUUUUUUUUGGUGCUUUUCUUGUCUGAUUAAUCCUAAUGAAUAGUAGAUUGGAUUUGUUUUUGGGUUUUGAGUUCUCGAUCAUUUGGUCUGUUUCGUCCUAAUUUGGAAACGAUGGGUAUUUUCUCAUUCUCGAGGCCUUUAAAAUUCUGAAACUUUCUCUGUUUUUAAAGAAGAAAAAAAAAAAUGAAGGAUUUUCCUGGUACACCUGGAACUUUGACUGGGCUUCUUCUGAGGAUUUCCCAAUGCGUGUUUGCUGCUGGGUCAGUUGCUUUCAUGGCCACAACUGCGAGCUUUUUCAAUUUCACGGCCUUCUGCUACCUGAUUGCUUCAAUGGGCCUGCAAGUGAUCUGGAGUUUUAUACUUGCAUUAUUAGAUGCAUAUGCCUUGGUGAGAAAGACGGUCCUGCACAAUGCUGUUCUUGUUAGCCUCUUUGUGGUUGGAGAUUGGGUUACGGCGACACUGUCUCUGGCAGCAGCUUCUGCUUCAGCCGGCAUAACGGUUUUGUACUUUAAUGACAUGGGUCACUGCAGUUUUGGACGAGAAUGCCAAAAAUAUCAAAUAUCAGUGGGUUUAGCCUAUCUGAGCUGGGUAACAAUUGCAAUUUCUUCUUUGAUUAUGCUUUGGCUAUUGGCUGCAGGUUAGACUUUUGCCGUGUAGAACAUUUUGGAUUUGUUUCUCCUCUCACUUAAUACCUGUGUUAUAGAAAUUCUUUACCAGCUUUAUUGUGUCAAUAGACCCAACCAAAAAAAAAAAAAAAAAAAAAAAAAAAAAAAAAUUAUACCAUUUAAAAAGUACUUUCACUCUCUGGGUUUGAAGUGGGGUAAAAUGCUUGUUUGUGUAAAAUGAAAUUAGAACAACGAAAAGAUCAAAAUUAUGCUUAGUUAUUCUGUUAGCAAAAUGGAUUACUUGGCUAUGAAUUGGCCUUUAUCUUUUUUUCCUCAGAGAAUUGUGUCCAUCAAAAAUUUCAAUGGACCAAGUUUGUAGAAUGAAGUUCAAAGUCAACUAUAGUGGUUUGAGUUUUGUACACAUGUAAAUGAAAGAGGGAGUGAGAUUUUGGUAUUUUGCCUACUUUUUGCAUGAAAACACUAUUCGUACAACAAAGUAUUAGAAUUUGGUGAGUAGGUCCUUUUCGGUGAAUGAGAAUUGUUUGUACCCAAUUAUCCUGA